AUGGGCACGUACGGUGUCCUAAAUCCGAAUCGAACUUUUUUGAAAGAAGCAGAGCGAAGCGAAAGGCGCCUGAAGACGUCAUCUGGGCGGCAGAGACCAAGUUGGGGCAGAUUUCCUUCUGGUGAAUGCGUCCUUUGCUGCCCGCCCCCUUUCCCGGGAGGCGCAGGUGAUCGUUUUGCAGCAACAGCUGUUUGGCACCGGCGUCUGCUUUGGAUGGUGGUGGGAACGUCGGGAGCGGAGACGGAGUCAUCCUCGGGGGGAACUGGGCAAGCCGUGCUGGAGAACCGAGUCCGUGAGACGAUUGACUCCCCCCCUGAUUUGCUGAAUCCUUCUGAGAACAUGGCAGAGCGGCUGUGGGGAGCACAAUAUUGUUGGCAGUGGCUGAAAUCUGCCAUAUGCAAGCAGAACAGCAUUAGACCUGGAGCUCCAAGUUGUGACACUCUGCUGCCCCCUGAAAAAUCUAAGAAACACAGGGUAGUUAUACCUUGGCCGACACAUUUUAAAGAAGAAUAUAAAAAAGUAUCCAACCUUUAUAUGAGCAACAAAAUACGGACUACAAAAUACCGGUUUUGGUCCUUUAUUCCUAGGAAUCUCUUUGAACAGUUUCACAGAGCUGCCAAUUUGUAUUUCUUAUUUAUAGUUCUGCUUAACUGGGUUCCAGUGGUGGAAGCCUUUAGAAAAGAAAUCACAAUGAUUCCACUGUGUGUGGUUCUCACCAUUAUUGCAGUGAAAGAUGGCGUGGAGGAUUACACAAAGUACAAAUUAGAUAAAAAGAUAAACAACUUAGUCACCAGAGCAUAUUCCAGAAGAGCAAAGGACUACGUGGAUAAGUUUUGGAGGGAUGUUACUGUGGGUGAUUUUAUCCGACUGUCAUGUAAUGAAGAAAUUCCCGCUGACAUGAUACUGAUAUAUUCCAGCGAUGGAGAUGGAAUCUGUCAUAUUGAGACUUCAAGCCUUGAUGGAGAGACCAAUCUGAAGCAAAAGCAGGUGGUGAAGGGCUUUGCAGAGCAGGUCAACGAAGUUAAUCCAGAAGACAUCAUAUGCAGAAUAGAAUGUGAGAGUCCUAACAAUGACCUUAACUUCUUCCGGGGCUUCAUUGAGAAUGCAGAUCACGAACAAGUGGGCCUAAAUAAGGAUAACUUGCUGAUGCGAGGAUGUACUGUCAGAAACACAGAAGCUGUCGUCGGCAUUGUGGUGUAUGCAGGUCAUGAAACAAAAGCAAUGUUAAACACAAUAGGAUCUCGCUACAAGCGAAGUAAGCUAGAAAAGAAAAUGAACAAGGAUAUCAUCUGGUGUGUGCUGCUUCUAAUUGUGAUGUGCUUUACAGGGGCGAUGGGUCAUGGAUUUUGGCUAGGUGCCCAUGAAGGACCACCCCUCUACACAAGUGGAAAACAACUACCUGCAGGACUGGGAGGUUUUUUAAUGUUUUGGACAAUGAUAAUUUUAAUGCAGGUCUUGAUCCCAAUUUCUCUUUAUGUUUCUAUUGAAUUUGUCAAACUGGGGCACAUCUUUUUGAUCAAACAUGACCUUGAUUUGUACGAUGAAGUUACCGACAGAAGGAUUCAUUGCGGAUCGCUGAAUAUUGCGGAAGAUCUGGGUCAGAUUGAAUACAUUUUCUCAGAUAAGACUGGAACCCUCACUGAGAAUAAAAUGGUGUUUCGGAGAUGCAGCAUUGCGGGAUUGGAGUAUGGCCAUGAAGAAAAUGCAAAGAGGUUAGAAACAUAUCAAGAUUAUGAAAUGGAUGAUGAUGAGGCAGGCUUCCUUUCCUCCCAUUGUUCACUGAAGCGUCCAUCCAGAGCAAAGUUCUUCCAACGCAAAUCAAGUGGAUUUCUGAAUUCCCGGAUUUUUCACAGUACCAGCACCAUGGGAUUUGGUGGUUGGAGAUACCUAGCUUUCAGUAGCCCUCUUGAGACUGAUGUUGUGCCAGACAUGCGACUUGUAAAGAAAGUUCAUCAGAUCUCAUUCAAAGCGUAUUCGUACAAAGAAAAUCACAAACCAAUCCCAGAAACAGUGUACAUCACUGAAUUCUUCAUUGCUCUGGCCAUUUGCAACACUGUUGUCGUUUCAGUACCUGACCAACCACGACUUAAGAGAAGGUGGUCUUCCAUGGUCAGAAUGCCUGCUUUAAACCUGGGCGAAUUUAAAAAUAUAUUCCAAAGGCUGUCGAUCCGCAAAGUGAGCCCACAAAGCUCAGGUUCAUCCGGAGGACAUUCCAUGAGCCCCAAGAGAGCUGGAAAGUUGUCUGUUCAUGUGAAGUUUCCAUCCUCUUUACCAGUACAGUUAUCCGACUCUCUGGAAAUUCCAGGCUUGUUCCCUGCCCAAAAAGAACCAGAUACUUUAAAUGCGCCUGAUGAUCAAAGAGAUGAAUUGUGUGAAUUAUUAAACACCCCUGAGAUAUGCUAUGAGGCAGAAAGUCCUGACGAAGCAGCCUUGGUUCACGCUGCCAGGGCUUACCAAUGCACCUUGAAGACUCGAAGUCCUGAGCAGGUACAGAUUGACUUUGCUCCUUUGGGCGUGUUAACCUUUCAGCUGCUACACAUCUUGCCUUUUGACUCCAUCCGGAAACGAAUGUCGGUGGUGGUGAAGCAUCCCAUUUUAAACAAAGUUGUAGUGUACACAAAAGGGGCCGAUGCUACCAUAAUGAAUUUGCUGGACGUGGAAUUCUCAGGGGAUAAUAAAACAGAAGCACAACAGAAGACAGUAAAGAAAAGAACUCAGAAGCAUUUAAAUGAGUAUGCUACAAAGGGACUGCGCACUCUUUGUGUAUCUAUGAAGGUGCUGAGCAAUGAGGAAUAUGAAAAAUGGCUGAAAGGACAAUAUGAAGCCGAAAGCAGCAUCGAAGGCAGAGAACAGCUGCUUCUUGAGUCAGCCGAGAGGCUAGAGAACAAAUUAACCCUUCUUGGUGCUACUGGAAUUGAAGACCGACUGCAAGAAGGUGUCCCAGAAACUGUAGAGGCGCUUCGAAAAGCAGGGAUUAACAUUUGGAUGCUAACGGGCGAUAAACGUGAGACAGCCAUCAAUAUUGCCUACUCCUGCAAAUUACUGGAUGUGUCAGACAGACUUUUCACACUCGAUGCUGACAGUCUGGGGGACUGUGCACGUAUGGUAAAAAGCAUUUUAGAAGAGAUUGAUAUAAUAAUUCAUACCAAAAAUGGAGGGAACACCUCAGAAACAGAGAUGUCCACUUCCAGCUUUGCCUUAAUUAUAAAUGGGCCGACAUUAGAAUUUGUUUUGCACCAAAAAGUGAAAGAUGCAUUCAUGCGACUUGCAGCACAGAUCCGAUCGGUCAUCUGUUGCAGAGCAACACCCCUGCAGAAAAGCAAAAUGGUGAAACAAAUGCAAAGGGAGCUACAAGUUAUGACUUUGGCUAUCGGUGAUGGGGCCAAUGAUGUUAGCAUGAUUCAAGUUGCUGACAUUGGAAUUGGAAUCUCUGGGCAAGAAGGCAUGCAGGCUGUGUUAGCAAGUGACUUUGCAAUUUCUCAAUUCCGACAUCUCAAGAAGCUGCUAUUUGUUCAUGGCCACUGGUGUUACACCCGACUGGCUGACAUGAUCCUCUACUUUUUUUACAAGAAUGUGGCAUACGUAAAUCUCCUGUUCUGCUAUCAGUUCUGUUGUGGAUUUUCAGGAACUGCCAUGAUUGAUUACUGGAGUCUGAUUUUCUUCAACCUUCUCUUCACAUCAAUACCACCUGUUAUAUAUGGUGUUUUAGACAAAGAUGUCUCUGCAGAAACUCUCAUGAACAAUCCAGAACUUUACAAAGCAAGUCAGAAAAAUGAGCCAUAUAAGGGUAUAGCCUUUGCAAUGAACUUGGUGGAUGCAUUUUACCAAAGCCUGGUUUGCUUUGUAUUCUUCUACUUGACAUUCCAAGGUUCCGAUGUAGAUGUCUAUUCUUUUGGGAAUCCUAUGAAUACUACCAUGUUCUUUAUAAUAUUACUACAUCUUCUGAUUGAAAUUAAAAAUGUGAAUAUUAUACACUUCUCUGUUUUUGCUGGUAGCAUCUUCCUGUAUUUCUUCGUUCUCGGACUUUUGGGAGCUUUCUGCGUCCUCUGCAACCCACCAGGCAAUCCAUACUGGAUUUUUCAGAGACAAUUAGUAAACCCAAUAUUUUAUCUCAUCUGCAUGAUCUCCAUUACUGUGGCUCUGCUUCCAAGGUACUUGUUCAGGGUAAUCCAAACCACAGUAUUUCCAAGUCCAAUAAUACAAGCCAGGCUUCUUGAACGUCAGAGCCAUGCGCAGUAGAAGAGUUGGCA